CAGAGAAAUAACCUUUUUUUCCAAGAAAAAAAAGCCUGUAAAAAUGUUAAACGUUACAUCGCAAUGUUACAACUGUCGCUUAACAUAUUUGGUGAAAUUCUCUCGAUUAUUUAAUACGGAAACAGAUAAACUAAAAAGUAAUCAACAAACUCAUGAUUUAAUUGGUCCUCCUGAUCCAGUUUCAAACCUAAGACCUAUUAUAUUUGCUCGCUCUGCGAAAGAAACUUACUUUGAAAAGAAAUAUUUAGAUCUCAGAGAAGAAACUCAACAAUGGAAUCAAGAAUUUUGGCUCAAACAUAAUACUAAUUUCGUUAAGGAACGUAAACAAUUUCAAGAACUGUUGAAAGCACAAGGGAAGACAAAUAUAACUGCAGAUGAUAUGUCAGUAUUUUAUAAGAAAUUUCUAGAUAAAAAUUGGCAAUCUCAUUUCAAUUAUAACAAAUCAUGGUAUAAAAGAAAUAUAAAAAUUUUGCUAUAUGGGAUAGCAGCAAAAAUAUCUAAACUUAAAAUUAAAUAA